AUGUCGGACGGCCGAUUCACUCAGUCAAGACUUUUAUCACUACAACAGUAUUCUGCUGUACUCACAAAAUGUGCGCUAUCCGAAUCAGAGGCCAAGGUAUUUAACAAACCAGGUAAGCCUGACCUUUACAUGCUCAUCAGAGUAGACCACAACGGUCGUCCUAAGUGGUCCACAGAAUAUCGGCUGGCUCCGAGAAUAUCUAACGAAGUCACGUUUCAGAUAUUAUCCCUUGCGUGGAUUACUCUGACUCCCGAGAUGUCCAUUCCGAAACCAACCGAACACAAGUUAUCUAUCAUAACCUGCUCCAGAUUCUGUAUUAUCGACGUUGCGUCGCGCCAUCUGGAAGCCACCUGGAGUUGGGUCGAGCUUGGUCUUUCGGAUUGGACCUACAUCCUAGCAGCAGACAUAGCAGUCAGUUCAACUGCAAUCAACUUUUGGCUGAAGAGCAAAGAUGGUGCCAUUGCAUUCUUCUCCUAUCCUUAUCAGUCAGACCGUGUUCGAUCAAAUUCGCGCGGUUUUAUGGAAGAUUUCAAUAACAUCCAACAACAAAUCUCAACCCUUUCCCUCUUGGCCAGAGAGGAUCUUCAACCCAACUCUAUUCUAUGCAAGUCACUUCGUCGUCAGACUGAACCGACUCGCUCGAAACCGAAGUCGAAACCCGGAAAGUCCCUUAACCAGGCCAUAACAUUUGGUCACCCCAUCAAAUCUUCUGGUUACGCAAAACAGGAACCAAGGCGCAAAAUGUUUCAACCGCUCACGAAUACUCGGAACAACAUUAAAACAAAAUCCACGGGUAGCGAAACCGAGUGUGUUAGCCAACUCAAGAAGACCUACACGCCUUCCGACGAUGCCCCCAAUGUACCCAGCUAUUCUGGAGCUGUGGACGGUUCCAAAACUCCCAUUUAUUCUUUGGCCUACUCACCAAACGGAUCACGGUUAGCCGUCGCAUUGGGCAGCAGUGUCUGUCUUGUGCUGCGCAUCUCAAGAUCCCAAAAAACACGAUCCGAUGCACAGGGCGUGGGCGCAAUCCCUCCUGCAGAGACCCUGUGUGGCCACAAAGGCCCUGUCCUUUGUGCAUCUUGGUCCUCAGAUAGUCGCUUGCUGCUGACCAGUUCGGCCGAUCGGACAGUACGACUGUGGAUGAUGAGUGAGCCGGUCGGAUUAUCACGGGGUGAUGCGUCAAAGUUAAGUAUGAGGUUAGCGAUGGUUGUUGAUUCAGUCAACGGCGGUUCGACAAACUGCUACGGAGAACCUAUCUCAACCCAAAUUCCAAAGAAAGAUAAAACAUUCGGACCCAGCUCCGUGUUCCCAGACUGUAUACAAUUCGUCAACUUUCACUAUUUGGAUUCGUUCAUCUACGCGGUCUGUCGCAAUGCGAUUCGCCUAUUCUCCUACGAACUGGCUAGCGUUACAAAUGUUUUGGACAGAGGUCGUUCGAACAGCACCUACAAACUGGCCGGAGAGUUUACGAUUGAAUCUUGUAACCGACUUACGGCUGUUUCUUCUGUCAACAUAUUUUACUCCUAUCUAUUGUUGUGCGCCGGAUCCGACCGUCAGUUAUCAGUGCUGGACCUUAAUACAAACCAAACCGUGUACCAACUGGAUUCCGCACACGCAAGAAAUAUUACUGCAAUAGCACUGAACCAAGGUUCUCUGUAUUCUAGUUUGACAAGUACGAGGAAUGAUUCCUUGUCCUUGGACCCCAGCAGAAUCAGCACCGGCUACUCAACUUUCGCCACUGUAGCACCUGGGGAUUGCGUCCGAAUGUGGGACUUGCGUGAUAUGACCCGCCCGGUGAUCCAGUUUACGAACCCUGAUGUAUCUUCAGGCAACACGACUUCCGGUGCUCCGUCAGAUCCAUUGGUACCACCUGUAAACGCCACUUUCAGCCCAUGCGGUCGGCAUUUGGCAGUCGGUGGUCGCGUUAACUUGGCUCAACCGUAUCCGGUCAUCUAUGACACAAGGAAGCCUUGUUCCCACCCGCUUGCUGUUUUGAGUCUCAGCACAGGCAAGAUACCCUCAGCUCCCUCCACUGUGGUCGCGUGGCACCCGUCAAGGGUUGAAGUGGCCACUGGAUCCCACGAUGGUCAGCUUGCUACGUAUGUUAGAUGAGCGGACGUCUUCCAUGUACCUUACUGCGGUCAGUGUAACAAAU